AUGCUCACACCUUCCAGAGCGUCCACACGACAGAUAACGGCCAUCGCGUCCCAAGGACUUGGGAUUUGUGCCGCACAUAUGGAACAAUCCACAAUGGGCAAGGUUCAGUGGCAAAUCACGUUGAGCAACUCUCAUGGACUCUCCGCAUCUAUACCAAGAAACCCAGGGCUGGCCUUGAACCAAUAUGUAAAUGGAUUUUUCCUUGGGGCCAAAAUAACAAGGACAAAGUAUCGGUGUAUCAAGAUGCCUUGA